AUGCCUUACCCCUCCCUCGCAGAGGAGAUCACCGAUCUCAUCCACCAUCGACUUCAGCGUGCCGACCGCCAUGAGCGUGGACGCAUCCUUGAAUCCGCGUUGACCAUCUACUCUCGCACCGGCAGUGUCGUUGCUUUCUUCCGCGACCAACCCAUCGCCUUCUACCACGAGCGCUCCGGUCGCGCCUUCACUCUUCAUGGCAUUCCAGUAGAGCUGGAGCAAUGCGAGCUGGCCCCGAUGCCGCGCAUCCCGUACCUCGACCAAGUUCUCGAGGAAGGUGGUGACGUCGCGCCGCAGCAUGGUCGCAGCGGUAGAGCCCCUCCGCCAUGCUCUUACGAUAGGUAUGAACCCUCCCGUUCCGCAUCCUUCUCUACCCCUUCUUCUUCAUCUUCUUCUUCCCGCCGCAGCAAGGCUCAUGGCUGGACGCGCCGCCGCCCCAGCGGUUCCUCUACGUUCCGCCACACGAAGCCGAAGGAUACGCCAUCUGCGGGUCACAGUCGUCGUGACGGCUAUGAUCGGUUCAGCCGUGACGAUAGGUUCACCUACGAUGAUCGAUCCGCCUACGAUGAUCGGUUCACCCGUGAUGAUCACUUCGACUACGAUGAUCGGUUCACUCGUGCAGCAGGUAGGGCCGCCAGCAGGGCCGCCGAGGAUGACGCUCGGCACCAGUUCGAGCGCACCUACGGCAGCGACUACUUCACCGACCGCCGUGGCCCUGAGGCGCCUCGUGGCCACUAUGCAGGCUUCCCCGACCGCAGUGAGUCCUUCGGGUACAACACUUCCAGCCGCGGCCCGGCGGCUUCUUCCGGCUACUCCACGAACACCUCGUACAGGCACGUUGACCCCUCCGGUUUCCAUACGGAGACUAGGGGCCCGUCUGACGGCUCUUCCGCCUACUCUUCUUCCGGCUUCUACGCUGGCGAGCCCCGUCGUCCGGCGACGUCCUCUGGAUACCCUGGUGCUUCGUCCUUCUACAACACCGAGACCAGGGGUCCCAGCAGUGGCGCUUCGGGAUACUCCUCCGGCAAUGACAGCUACAGCUACAACUACGCUGGCGGCGGCGGCCCUCGUGGCCGUCCUGCGUCCCCCAAGUACAACACCGAGACCCGCGGCCCGGGCCGUUCCAGCUCUCCCGACAGCAACUACAGCGGUUCUGGUGGCUACAGCAGCUCCGGUGGCCACAGCAACUAUGGCUACAGCAGCAGCUCUAGCAACUACGACUCCCGCCCUCCGCCGCGUGCUCAGCCGCAGCCGCACCCGCACCCGCGCGAGCCGCCGGCCAACGGCAGCAUGGCGGACCGCUUCGAGUGGCUUCUGAAGCGUCCCUUCGGAUUCUACGAGAUCCUGGGCGUCGACAGGGGCGCGAGCGAGGCGCAGAUCAAGAAGGCGUACAGGAAGCUGGCCCUGGUGCACCACCCGGACAAGCACUCCGGCGGCGGCGCCGCCAAGGCCGAGGCGCACAGGCGCUUCCAGGCCAUCAACGAGGCGAACGAGACGCUGUCGGAUGCGAGGAAGAAGCACGCGUACGAUGGCAAUCUCGAGACAUCAGAUGCCACAUCUCCGGGGUGCACAACCGCCAUACCAGGAAAAUACGGCCACGUCCCUCCAGACGCCUGCAACUCGUACUACACCGUCGUCCCAGACUUCAACUCCGCAAAAUACUGCUGGGUCCUCAUCACCGGCGCAUUCUGGGAAACCGCGUCCUUCGCCCUCCGCGCCCUCGGCCAGCGCAACCAGCAAUCGCAGUCCAUCGCCACCCUCUCGCAGUUCCUCCUCCUGCUCUCGCCGCUCUGGAUCAACGCCUUCGCCUACAUGACGGCCAGCCGGCUGAUCCACUGCUUCAGCGCGACACACGCCGCGCUUGGUAUGCCUGCAACGCGCAUCGGCCGUGUUUUCGUUUGGUGCGACGUCGUGAGCUUCGUCGUGCAGGCAAUUGGCGGACUGCUGCUGGCGCCGGGGAAUACGGCUGAGGCGAUGAGGUUGGGGUUGAGGGUGUAUAUGGUGGGAGUGGGGGUGCAGGAGGUCUUUAUUGUGGUGUUUGCGGUGUUGGUGGGGAAGUUUCAUUGGGGGAAGAGGAGGGGGGAAAGGGGGUAUGUGAAGGAGGUGGAGGAGGGGGGACAGGGGUGGGGAGGGUGGGGGGCGUGGUUGUAUAGGAGGUGGGAGUUGCUUACGUAUGUGCUAUAUGCGGUGCUUGUGCUUAUCACGAUACGCAUCAUGUACCGCUUGAUCGAAUUCGCUAGAGGAUUUGACCCGUCUAACAAAAUUCUUUACAACGAGAGCUACUUGCUGUAUCUCGACGGACUGCCCAUGCUUCUCGCAGUUAUCGUUCUUGCCGUCGUACAUCCGGGAAUGGUGUUGCAGGGCCCAGAUUCCUCAUACCCAAAGCGCCUUCACUGGUGGAACUGGGGCAAAAAGCGAGAGUUGAAGCAGGCAGCGAAGAAGCGCCAGGUUAUGGAACGGGAGACUGAGAUGCUUGCUCGAGAGCGGGCAAACGAGAUGAUAAUUGAGGACAGCUUCGUGGGGAGGCGUGGACGGCAUGUUCAUUGA